GCCACAAAUCUGAACCUGAGCCAGCAACGCUCCAGACAAAAGAUUCAAGAGCCAGUGCUGAAGAGAAGUACCUCCAGGAUGUGGUGAAGGUAUCGUCGAGACAUCAGCAUGAUCCCUCGAGGUGGAAGAAGGAAUUUGCGGAUGCAGGCGAUGGCACAAACAACCCGGACAUGAACUGCAUCCGCAAGCUGCGGAAAGAGAUUUGGAACCAAACGGAGAUGAUUUUCCAGGAGCUGGAUGAGUCAGCCAGCCUGGACAAAGCGCGAAGCACCACACUGUUUCAACCAGGUGAUUUUUCGAAUUGCGAGUCUCCGGCAGUCAACUGUGGUCAUUGCAUGCCGGAGGUAGAGGUGGUUGAGUGCGACAUUCUGGACAAAGCUGAAGCAUUUGCCAAAGAGAUGGGUGCUGUGGCCGUUCUGAACAUGGCCUCUGCGUCAUCUCCUGGUGGCGGGGUGCGAAAUGGCGCUGGGGCGCAGGAAGAGAACUUGUGCCGGAGAAGUGACUUGUACCGGUUCCUGGCACCCCAAUGGCGCAGUCUGUAUCCGAUACAGAAAAACGCAUGCCUAAUAUCGGAAAAUGUGACCAUCCUCCGCGGCUCCGAGAAAAACGGAUAUCCUUUCCUAGAUCAGCCCUUCAAGGUGACCAUCCUCACCUGUGCUGCGCUGCAACGGCCUCCAAUCUCUGGGCAGAGGUACAGGGAUCCACAAGAUGAGAAUUGCAUGCGGGAGAAGGUCCGGGCCAUCCUGGGGGCGGCCCAGAAAAGCGGCUGCAGGGCCUGCGUGCUCUCGGCCUUCGGCUGCGGUGCCUUCGGCAACCCGCCCGAGGCGGUGGCGCGCCUCUUCAAGGAAGAGCUGAGGACAGCGAAGCUGCACAAGGUGAGCUUCUGCAUCUUUAACGAUCAUAAUGCGGGCCGCGCGCAUAACCCGAGAGGCAACUACAUCCCUUUCAAGGAAGUGUUCGAGCUGGAUGUGAUGUCUGUCUGUAAUUUGCUUGAGUGUGCUGUUGGACAGAUUGUUGCCUGGCUGAAGGUUUGGGCAUUGGCGGAUGAGUGGCAGCGAUGUCGCAUCUUGCGAAUUGAGCCCGGAGAGGUUCAGAUACAAUGGCUGGAGGCCGAUGUGGCGCCGCUUGCGGGGAGCAACGCCACCUUGCCACCAACACGGCUCAGGCUGGGUGGAAAGACAAUUGAGUGCAGUGAGAAGGUAGCCAAGCUGAAGACGCGCCUUGGCGGCCUCUGCGGCCGUGCAGCUCUCUGCCUCUUCGGGCGUGUGGGGAACCUCUUCGGGCCGUUCCAUGAGGAUGGCUCGACUGGAGAGGUGCUGGAGAUCUCUGCACCGUCCGUGUGGGAGCAUGUGGUGCGAGCCAAUAGCGACCUGCACUGGGACAUCUUUGCACACACAUGGGACGAGAGUCUGGCACCAGCGAUCGAGGCAGCUUUUGCGCCAGUGGCGUUGCAUGCAGAGCCACAGCCAGACUUGCCCACGGUGCAGAGCUUCGGAGAGACAUGCAGACGCAGUGUACAGCUGAAACGAGACAAGGAAAUUAAAGAUGGCAUGCGCUACGACCUUGUGGUACUUAUGCGGGCCCCCUUGCGGCUUAGCCCAGCGGUUGGCUCCGCUGCCCUUUGGUCCGGGCACUGGUGUUCCAUCCACGCUGAGGACCUGUCGCUGCGCGAGUUGGCGGUGCUGACCCAUGAUCCAAGCUUCCGGCAUGUCCGCUACCGACCCUCCGGUGUAUUCGCACCAUCCCAGUUUGCUCCGACAGGACUCCAUGAUUUCUGGUUCGCUGGCUCUUCUGCUGUCAUGGACCGCUUUGCCUCUUGGGGCUUGAGGGUUCCUGAGCUGCGUGCACGUUUCGGCCUGCAAUCCGAUGAGGUGCCCGUUGAUGUGGGGCACUUCUACACCUUUCUUCAUGCAAAAGAAUUGGGGCUGCCAUUGAAGUUCGAAGGCAUCAGCAACUUUGACUACACGCUUGUUCGUUACCGAAACUGCACGCUUCUCGUUGGCGAGCAGAUUCGUGAUCCAGAUAUUUUCUGCAGCCACUGGGAGAUUAGCAUGACCAGGGAAUGCGAGUCCUGGCGGCUGCAGCAACCCGGUUGGGCUGCCCAGUACUGUCCUUUGGCUGGUAAGCGUGCGGAACUGGUUCCUUGGGGCAAAGAAUGUGGCCCUUUUUGA